CAUUUCGUACAUUGGCCGGCCAAUGCGCGCACUGGCCGAGAUGUCCUGGCCAAUGUUCUAUCUAGACUAAGUUGUGAUCGCGUUUUCAUUAUUCUGGGUGCGGUUUCAUUGUGAGUAACGUAUUGUUAAGCUCUUGUUUGUAUAGCAUUCUAUAUGCAAGGCGACAUGGAUCAAAAGGGCCGUCAGACCAUGAGACAGACAUAGCAGAUGGCUGCCAAAAUAAAUAAUCCAAAUCCUAAUGGAAAAGAAUUUGUCAAUCAAGUUAUUUCUGAACUAAAGAACAUGUGGCCUGAACUUAAACUAGUUCACCGAAAACCAACCUUACAACCGAAAGACACAAUUGAGUCUGUGAUCAUUCUCUUUAUUAAUGCUGGGAAUUCCCCAUAAGUGUAGUGUACAUUUAAAGCAGAACGUGCAGUAAUGGUGAGAUGUAAAAUCGGGUAUCCCUGUUUUUAUAUUAAAAAAACCGCAAGAAAAUAAAAAUGGAAUUUAUUUUCCCUUCAUCGACGUAAGCGUUAGAAAAAGGAUUAGGUCUAAGGCAGUGGUUCUUAACCAUUUUAGAGGGACCGAAAGCCACUAAUUGUUUAUGCGCAUUCAACAAACCCUUCUUAAUAGUUGUUUUGUCCGCAAUGACAAUGAUUGACAAGAUCCGAUCGUAAAUCAUAUGAGUCGGGUGUGUGUCUUGACCUCACUGAGACUGACGCAGCGAACCCCAAGGGUUCGAUUGAAGCCAAAUUAAGAACCACUGGUCUAUGGCUAGGGUCAGGAAUAAUGUCUUGACUAGGAUUACUGAAGGGCUAGGGUUAUCGUUUGGUCCAGGAUUAGCUAUGUUAGCAAAGAAUAUUGACCGGAAUUCGUCCUGCUGACGUUAUAAUACGGACAGACUUUCCUGGGAAACUUUUCUGUUGUUGGUAACGCAGUCUCGAAUGGCUUUAUCAAGGCAAGAAUCCGAGAUACACAGUGUUGAGGCAAACGUUGCCAUUCCCACAAUCUCAUUGAACCAGCUAAGGGAGUGUGGGGCCGAUAAAAAAGUUUAUGAUCUGAAGAUCGAAAUUCUGCAAGAUGCAAAUAUCUCAGAGAGUGAGUUCGAUCUCUACGCCCUGCAGUUGUGUGGUAAAGAUGGCUCGACCCAAACACUCGACGAUAACAAACUCGUCAGCAAUUAUGCUGCUGAUCUUGCCGAUCAAUCAGAAAUCCAACUAAUUAGAUUAAAAAUAGACGAAAACACGAAUUAACUGUCACUAAUUUUACCUUUUAUAAAAAAAAAUAAUUAAUAUAUAGAUAUUGAAAUACUUAGUCCU